CAACCCUAUCAACCAAACCGAAAUUUUUCAAGGAAAAAAAUAAUAAAGAAAGGAAGAAAUGCUCGUGCGUUGGAGUUGGGAAUGGAGACGAUGAUACGGAAGCGAUUGACACCAAACCUCCACUACACUGUCUCUUGAUUACGCCAUUUUUCCACCCAUGGAUCCCUACUCCGAGGAAAGACUCACCGAAGAGGUCCUCCAUCUUCACACUCUCUGGCGCCGAGGCCCGCCGAGGAAUCCUAAACCCAUUCACAACCAUUCAUCCACCGUCGUCGCCGCUGCCGCCAAUCGUAACCCCUCCAACAAGAGACCCACAGAUCCAAAGAAUCGAAACAACAAGAAGAAGAAACCACGCCUCGAGCCACGGCAGGACUCCGGCCCGGAGUGGCCCUGUCCAGAGCCGGUUCAAAACCAGCCCUCGACGUCAUCUGGGUGGCCACCAAUUGAGCCCGUUGCCACUCCGGCGGCCCAUCCCGUGUCGUCCGAAGAGCGAGCAAAUCUUGCUGCGUUGCAAUUGCAGUACAAGGGUUCCGAUGCUUGCCGGGGUUUUUUCGCUAGAAAUGCCGAUUCGGGGAGUGACGAAGAAGGGGAGGAGGAGGAAGCUAAUGGGGAAAUGAUGGAGAGUGAAGAGUAUAAGUUCUUUUUGAAGCUGUUUGUGGAGAAUGACGAACUUAGGGGUUAUUACGAGAAGAAUUGUGAAAGUGGGUUGUUUUGUUGUUUGGUUUGUGGUGGAAUGAGGAAAAGGAAAUUUGGGAAAAAGUUUAAGAACUGUGUUGGGCUUGUUCAACAUUCGAUUUCGAUAUCGAGGACGAAGAAGAAACGGGCUCAUAGGGCUUUUGGACAGGUUGUAUGCAGGGUUUUUGGGUGGGAUAUUGAUCGACUUCCGACGAUUGUGUUGAAGGGCGAGCCUCUUAGUCGAUCAUUAGCCGAUUCUGGAAACUUGAAGGUUCAGCCAGAGGAAAAUCAUGUGGCUAAAGAGCAUGAUUCUGGGGUUCAAAAUGAAAAUGUAGCUAUUUCAAUCGAUGACAUUAAUAAGAAGAAUGAAGUGGUUUAUUUGGAUGGGAAGAAACAAAAAUUGGAGGAAGAAAGGACAGCUGAAGAUCCUACUUCUAAUUCUAAAGAUUUGAUUUCUGGCAAGAAUGAUGAUGCCUGCAAAGUUAACGAUGUCAAACUGCAAGCGGAAAAUACAGAUAAUUCAGUUUUAGGAAUGGAAGAAAGCAAUGCAGAAAUGGAUAAUUUGCCUUCGAAUGUGUUGCAGGUACCAGAGUCGAUUUUGAAAGCAUGUAAAGAAUUUUGUGCAGCCUUCUUUACAUCUAUGAGCGACAAUGAUGUUAGUGAAAACAACUUAAUCGACGGAGAGGGAGUUGAGGAACGCGAAGAGUUCAAAUUCUUUUUAAAGUUGUUCACCGAAAAUGAAAGCUUGAGAAGAUAUUACGAGAACAACUAUGAUGAUGGAGAAUUUUUCUGUUUAGCUUGUGGAGGGGCAGGAAAGAAAAUGUUAAAGAGUUUUAAGACAUGUGGCCGCCUUCUCCAGCAUACAACUUCUCUAGGGAAGAACAAAAUAGUGAAAAAACCGGUUCAGAAGCCUCACAUCGCUAAAAUGUUGAAAAUGAAGAUGGUGGCUCAUAGGGCAUGUAGUUUUGUUAUAUGCAAGGUUCUUGGUUGGGACAUUGAAAAGCUUCCUGCAGUUGUAUUAAAAGGCGAACCUCUUGGUCGUUCCUUAACGAAGACAGACGGGGCGAAGUUGCAGGAUGAAUCUGUUGGCAAUUCAGUUGAUAAUACGAAGGAAGACGACUCUACAAAGAUUAACAAAAUGCAGGAAGAAUCUGUUGGCAAUGCAGUUGAUAAUAUGGAUGAUAUCGUCGAAGAUGACUCGACAAAGGUUAACCAAUUACAGGGUAAAUCCGCUGGCAAUGCAAUGGGUAAUAUGAAUGAUUUAGAUGGUGUCAAAGAAACUGAUUCGAUGAAGGUUGAUAGCAAUGGUGAAGCAACUGAUUCUGUAAAUUGAGGUGUUGAUGGCAGUUAACCAAGUAUAGAAUAUAGAUAGGACUUUAUCAGGCGGCAGGCUUAAUGGUAAAAUCUGCCUUCAACAAAGUUCUCAAUUAUUUUUCUUGUUAUUUCUUUAUCUCAGACUGUUAGAUGAAGGUUUUGUGAGAUUUUGACUGUUUAUGAGAUAUGGGAUAAGGCUUUUUCAAAAGAAAACCAGUUUACAAUUUU